UCGCCGGCCCCGGCUGCAGCGGAGCCCACCGGAGCUCCGGCCCCGCUGCCACCGCCAAUGCCACCGGCGCAGGGCUCAGGGGACAGCUGGGAUCUUAGGGAGAGGGCAGCGAGGUUCUUUGCCCGCCGUCAGCAUCCCCUUGCCCACACGGGGCUGUUGGUGGCCCCAUGGCUUGUACCAUCACCUCGUAGCGCGGUGGCUCGGGUGGCACGGGGCUGGCCGUGCCCACCGCCGUGCCAUGGUGGGAGCCGGCAGCGGGCGCUGAGCGGGGAGGGCCCUUGGCAUCAUGCUGAAGUUUCGGGCGGAUCGCCGGGUGAGCCACAAUGAAAGGCGGAACACAUUCCUGCACCCUGUGACGGGACAGGUCCCCGAGGACAGCUCAAGGCUUGACUUGCAAAAACCCACCUCGGACAUGUCAAGCAAAGCAGGCAGCAAGCGGCCGGCGACCAUCGAGGCCUCCAACCACACCAUGGUGUCGGAGGUGCCCCGGGACCGCCCUGCAGCCCGGGUGGGUGCCCACAGCAGCCGUGCAGCAGGGCAGACAGCAGCAGAGGUGGGGUCCCGGCCCCCCCCCCGGGGACUGAGCAGCUCCUCUCCCCCUCUGCAGGCUUCGCGCACCUCCCGCAAGGGCAUCGCCUUUGGGAAGCGCUCCAACUCCAUGAAGAGGAACCCCAACGCUGCUGUCACCAAGAGUGGCUGGCUCUACAAGCAGGCCAGCUCGGGGGUGAAGCAGUGGAACAAGCGCUGGUUCGUGCUGGUGGAUCGCUGCCUCUUCUACUACAAAGAUGAGAAGGAGGAGAGCAUCCUGGGCAGCAUCCCCCUCCUCAGCUUCCGUGUGGCAGCUGUGCAGCCCUCGGACAACAUCAGCAGGAAGCACACGUUCAAGGUGACGGUGUGCUGGGUGGAGGAGAUGCCAGCGAGUAACGAGCGGUCCCUGUCUCCCCAGGCCGAGCACGCUGGCAUCCGGACCUACUUCUUCAGCGCCGAGAACACGGAGGAGCAGGAGUCCUGGAUCCAAGCCAUGGGCGAAGCUGCCCGAGUGCAGAUCCCCCCCACCCAGAGGCAUGAGAAACCAGACUCUGAAAACAUCCCCCCCAGCAAGCAACUCCACCAGCACCACCACUGCAACGCCGCCCACCGCGACCACCCCAAAGCCGACCCCGACGCCAAGACCCGGGGGGAAGGCGACGGCCGCGGCUCGGAGAAGCCCGAGAGGAAAUCGGAGAGGACGGAGGGCAAAAAGGAGCCCUUGGCCAAAGCCAACGGCAUCAGCGGGCAGGAGAUGCCCUCGGAGCCUGGCAGCCCUUACCCCGAGGCGGGGCGGGUGGCAGGCAGCGCCGAGCGACCCCCGCAGCCCAACGGUUGGCCCUGCCCCUCCCCUGGCCGGCCUGGCAGCACUGCCUGCCCUCCGCCCGACGGCGACAGCCUGAGCCAGCGCCGGGGCUGCGCCCCCCGCACCAACCCCGAGAGGCUCGCCCAGCGCAAGAGCUCCAUGAGCCAGCUGCAGCAGUGGGUGAACUCCCGCCGAGGGGUUGCGCCCCCCGAGGAGAUGCGCAGCCCCACCAGACUGUACCCCGUGUCUCGCCGGGUGCCUGAUUACUACUCCCCUUACUCACCCCAGUACCCUGAGGACUACCAGUACUACCCGCCCGGGGUGCGCCCGGACAGCAUCUGCUCCAUGCCCGCUUUCGAGCGGGUGAGCCCUCCCUGGGCGCUGGAGGACAAGCGCCACUCCUUCCGCAACGGGGGUGCCUACCAGCUGCGGGACUGGAAGGAGCAGGCUGCCUUCGGCCGCCAGGACGUCCCGCUCUGGCUGCCCUCUCCGGGGAGGCCACCCAGCUACAUGGACGAGGUGGAGGCGGCGUCGGGCUCCCUGCGCAGGCUGUCGCUGCAGCCGCGCUCCCGCUCCGUGCCCCGCUCGCCCAGCCAGGGCACCUACGGCCGGGCGCGGCUCUACUCCCCGGUGCGCUCGCCCAGCGCCCGCUUCGAGCGCCUGCCGCCCCGCGGGGACGAGAUCUACGCCGACCCCACCACCUUCGUGAUGAGGAGAUCCAUCAGCUCUCCAAAGUAUGACUACCUGGGGGACAGACGGCCGGUGCCCGCGGGGAUGUACCCCUACCCCUACCCAGCAUCUCCCACCGUCCAUGACAAAAUGGAUGAACUUUUAGACCUUCAGUUGCAAAGAAACCUAGAGUAUUUGGACCAGCAGAUGAGUGAGAGCGAAACCCUGAUCAGUAUGGUCAACAGGAUGGUGGAGACCUCCUCCCCUAGGGCUCAGCUCUACAUGCAAGUGACUCCCUUCCCAGAGGCCUACAGGGAGACGCUGCACACCUACAAGAUCAGCGAGCAGGACACUGAUAAGCUGCUGGGGAAGCUCUGUGAGCAGAACAAGGUGCUGCGGGAGCAGGAGAGGCUGGUGCAGCAGCUCCGGGCAGAGAAGGAGAGCCUGGAGAGUGCACUGAUGGGGACACACCAGGAGCUGGAGAUGUUUGGGAGCCAACCUGCUUACCCAGAGAAGCUGCUGCACAAGAAGGAGUCUCUCCAGAACCAGCUCAUCAACAUCCGUGUGGAGCUGUCGCAGGCCAGCACGGCCUUGUCCAACAGCACUGCUGAGUACGAGAGCCUGGAGAGCGAAGUGUCUGCCCUGCACGACGACCUCUGGGAGCAGCUGAACCUGGACAUCCAGAACGAGAUGCUCAACAGGCAGAUCCAGAAGGAGAUCUGGAGGAUCCAGGACGUGAUGGAAGGGCUGAGGAAGAACAACCCCUCCCGUGGCACCGACACUGCCAAGCACAGAGUGGCCAUCGGCCCCUCGGGGACCUUCAGCUCCAACAGCCCUGCCAGCCCCCUGAGCUCAGCCAGUCUCACCAGCCCCCUCAGCCCCUUCUCCCUCGUCUCUGGCUCCCAGGGCUCGCCCACCAAGCCAGGACCUGGUGAGGAACCAGGUCCGCCUCGACCUCCCCUCCCCAAGUCCUACGUUCCCCUGGAGCCUCCUCCGACCGUUCCUCCGCUGCCCGGCGAGAGCCGGCCCUGGCCGUACCCCACCUCCCCCUCCUGGCAGCAAGGCAGCGAGGCGAAGAGGGGACAGCCCAGGCCCAGCUUUGAGCAGAGCAAGAAAGAGGCUCAGCGAGCAGCCCUCCCUGGCCCCCCACCCGAGGGGCUCCCACUAAGCCAGCAGGAGGCAGAGAAGCAGGCAGCUCUCAACAAGGUGGGCAUCGUUCCCCCCAGGACCAAGUCUCCAGCAGAGGAGGAAGUGGUGCCCACAGCUGGCGUGCCAAGGAGGAGCACCAACGGCAUGGCCAAUGGGCUCAGCUCUCGGGAGAGACCAAAGAGUGCUGUGUUUGCCAACGAGGCGAAGGUGAAGAUGAGUGUGGAGGAGCAGAUCGACCGCAUGAAACGGCACCAGAGCAGCUCCAUGAAGGAGAAGCGCCGCAGCCUGCAGCUGCCCAGCAGCCAGCAGCCUGACACCCCUGGCACCAAGGCACCCACCUCCUACAAGGUGGUGCGGCGGCACCGCAGCAUCCACGAGGUGGACAUCUCGGACCUGGAGGCAGCUCUGCGCUCGGAGGAGCCUGGCAGGGUGUACGAGACGCCGCAGGAGGAGAUCGCUCGGCUGCGGAAGAUGGAGCUGGAGCCUCAGCACUACGAUGUGGACAUCAGCAAGGAGCUCUCCACACCAGACAAAGUCCUCAUCCCUGAGCGCUACGUGGAGCUGGAGCCUGACACCCCACUCAGCCCCGAGGAGAUGAAGGAGAAGCAGAAGAAGGUGGAAAGGAUCAAGACCCUCAUUGCCAAAUCCAGCCUGCAGAACGUGGUCCCCCUGGGUGAGGGGGAGGUGGACACCCCCCAGGACCCUGAGAGCCAGCUGCAGGAGCAGGAGAAGAGGAUCGAGAUCUCCUGUGCCCUGGCUGCGGAGGCCUCGCGCCGCGGCCGCAUGCUCUCGGCUCAAUGUGCUACCCCAAGCCCUCCCACCUCCCCAGCCUCCCCGACUCCACCGACCAACCCCCUUUCGUCCGACCCGCCCCGGGGCGCCGACAGCAGCCACUUUAUGCGUGUCUGAGCCAUGAACUCAAGCCCUGGCUGCUGCUGGUGCCAUCAAGUUCCACGGGGCCACAUUUUAGGACCCCCAACACGACGCUGAGCCUCUCGCCAUCGAUUUUGGUUCUCCUGGACCCUCUUCCCUGCCACCGAUGGUGAGACCACGUGGCCUGGCAUCACCAACAGCACCCCAAGGAGACAUGUGGGUGCUGGGAGGUUGUCUGCUGGAACAAGGUCCCUGAGGAGCCCCCCCAAGGCUGCCAGCCAGGACAGGGACAGAUCCAUGGUGUCCUGGGCAUCAGGCUUUCGUGGAGGGCUGAGCAGGGCCAGCAGCAGCACGAUGCCCAUCUCACUGCCCUGGGUGGGCAGGGGACAGACUCCCUGGGCUCUAUGUGCUGGUGUGUUGGUUUCCCAAAGGAAAGGAGUUCUUCUGGCUGGAGACCUGCCAGUCCCCACCAUGGAUGGUGCUGUCACCUUACACUGGACCUGGAUUACUCCAUCUCUGCCCCACGGGCACCUCUUCCCCUCCCUGUGCCCUGAACCUGCUUUUAGCAUCCAUCUGGCUAGGGGUGGUCACCAGCAGAGCCUGGUCUGGCCCAUCGUGGCUCAACAGGAGGAAGAAGGAGCUGUAUUGGGGACAGGAUGGAUGGAGGUGGGACUAGUGGGGGACACAAAAGUGCCCAGGUGGCAGUGCUGUGCUCCAUGUCAAGGUGGCACAAAGGCUGCCCUGGAGCCCUGGUGCACGGCUGGCACAGAGCAGGAAGUCUGGGCAGGGAUGGAGAUGUUGCACGGGAGCAGAGUGAUGCAGGGAGCUGGACUGGGAGGAUGAAGCUGAAGCUGUGGGCUCGGCAGGGAUUCCUCUGUGCUGGAGGGGAAGGGAUUGAGGGCCAGGCAGCAGCAGUGGCACAGGGAGCAGCACCCUGCCUGGCCCCUGGCCCAUGGGCACCUCUGGCUCAGCCCCUCUGCAAACCUGGCAGCUCAUCUUCCCUCCAGCCCUUGUUGCACUCCAGCUCCCUGCCCUUUCUUUGGCUUUCCUGUAGCAGUUUCCCUUUCCCCUCUCCCCUUCCUUCCCUUCUCCCCUCUCCCCUUCCUUCCCUUCUCCCCUCUCCCCUUCCUUCCCUUCUCCCCUCUCCCCUUCCCUCCCUUCUCCCCUCUCCCCUUCCCUCCCUUCUCCCCUCUCCCCUUCCCUCCCUUCUCCCCUCUCCCCUUCCCUCCCUUCUCCCCUCUCCCCUUCCCUCCCUUCUCCCCUCUCCCCUUCCCUCCCUUCUCCCCUCUCCCCUUCCCUCCCUUCUCCCCUCUCCCCUUCCCUCCCUUCUCCCCCCUCCACUUCCUUCCCCUUUUCCCCCUCCCCUCUGGAAGGAGAGCACCAACCUGGCUCCACCUGGCCGAGCUGCCUGGCACUCAGCAAGGCUGAGCUGCAGCCAGGAGCCAGCCCCCAGCCAACCUGCCCCUAUUUAUUUCCCUCUUGCCUCUCUCCUGACACCUUCAGAACCCCUUCCCCACUCUCCCUUCUGCCUCCCUCCAUCAUAGCAAUACUGAUAGGAUCCCAGGAGCCCCCCCAAGUCCUGCUCUGCUCCCAAGCCUGUCCCUUGCCCCAGCCCCUUUUAGCUCAUAAAGCUGGCCCUUUAUUUUGCUAUUUACAUGCCUUAAUAUAUGUUUGAUGGAAAUUCUACAUUUAUAAUAUAUAAUCUAUAUUUGCUUU